UGGAUUGAACUGGCCCCUUUAAGCAUGCCGAGAAUUAACCACGGAGUUCUCUCAGCAGAAGGAUUUUUGUUCGUAUUCGGGGGCCAAGACGAAAACAAGCAGACACUGAGCUCGGGAGAAAAGUACGACCCGGAUGCAAACACGUGGACUGCAUUGCCACCCAUGAAUGAGGCAAGACAUAACUUUGGAAUCGUGGAGAUAGAUGGGAUGCUUUACGUUCUAGGAGGAGAGGAUGGUGAAAAGGAGCUGAUCUCCAUGGAGUGUUAUGACAUUUAUUCUAAAACCUGGACAAAGCAACCUGACUUGACCAUGGUUAGAAAGAUUGGCUGCUAUGCAGCUAUGAAAAAGAAAAUCUACGCCAUGGGUGGAGGAUCAUACGGAAAACUUUUUGAAUCCGUGGAAUGUUACGAUCCAAGGACCCAGCAAUGGACUGCUAUCUGUCCACUGAAAGAGAGGAGAUUUGGAGCAGUGGCCUGUGGAGUUGCCAUGGAACUGUACGUGUUUGGGGGAGUCAGAAGUCGUGAGGACAUCCAGGGUGGUGAGAUGGUAACUUGCAAGUCAGAGUUCUACCAUGAUGAAUUUAAAAGGUGGAUCUAUCUUAAUGACCAGAAUUUGUGCAUCCCCGCCAGUUCUUCUUUUGUUUAUGGAGCUGUACCUAUAGGAGCCAGUAUUUAUGUUAUUGGCGAUCUCGAUACAGGUACCAAUUAUGACUACGUGCGUGAGUUUAAAAGAAGCACAGGAACCUGGCACCACACUAAACCGCUCCUUCCAUCUGACCUUCGCCGCACAGGGUGUGCAGCCUUACGUAUUGCAAAUUGCAAGCUUUUCCGCCUGCAGCUUCAGCAAGGCUUAUUCCGUAUUCGUGUUCAUUCACCCUGAAGAGGAAGCGGAGCAGAGAGCGAGACCCUGACCC